CGCCCGCCUCGCGCGCAUGCGCGCCGCCGCCUGAGGGCGGGUAGGCGGGCGGCGAGGGCAGGCGCGUGCGCGCGCGGAGCGGCGGCUGGCGGAGCCGUUAGGAUGUCGCGUUACGGCCGCUAUGGAGGCGAGACCAAGGUGUACGUGGGGAACCUGGGCACCGGCGCCGGCAAAGGCGAGCUGGAGAGAGCCUUCAGCUACUACGGGCCGCUGAGAACCGUGUGGAUCGCCAGGAACCCGCCGGGGUUCGCCUUCGUGGAGUUCGAAGACCCGAGGGAUGCUGAGGACGCCGUCCGUGGGCUCGAUGGGAAGGUGAUCUGUGGCUCCAGGGUUAGAGUGGAAGUGUCGACGGGGAUGCCCCGUCGCUCCCGUUACGACAGGCCUCCUGCCCGGCGCCCCUUUGACCCUAAUGACAGAUGCUAUGAGUGUGGUGAGAAAGGCCACUAUGCUUAUGAUUGCCAUCGCUAUAGUCGCCGAAGGAGGAGCAGGUACGUGUGGGAGCGGAGCGGCUGGGUUGCUUCGCCAGUUCACUUUUGUGUAGCUCUUGUUAGCAAAGAACAGAAUGUUACGCCAGUUUUCUUUAAAAUUUAACUCUAGAAUAAAUGUAUAGGUGUAUAUUACAAUUUGUUGCUAUUUCUAUCAAAUGUUACUAUCUUAAUAAUCAACCUGGUCAAAACC